UCAGGCAGUCUGCGGACACCCGUAAGCUACUCCAGCUAUAUUGGAGGUCCUGAAGACGCUGCUUGCUUUCUCCCAGACAGCAAUCACUGCAAUGGCGGAUUACGAUAACUACGACGACCGGGAUCGGGCUUACGGUAGCUUUGGCGGAGGAAGGGGGCCCCGGGGGGGUGGCGGCCCGGGGGGGCCCCGGAAGCAGAAGGAGAUGCCCACAGAGCCCCCGUACACCGCCUACGUGGGCAACCUGCCCUUCAACACCGUACAGGGAGACAUCGACUCCAUCUUCAAGGACCCAGCUGCAGUUCGCUCGUCGAGAAAAGGAGCGGACGUUCAAAGGAAGGUGCUUCGCUCACUCAAUCACUCUCUCUCCCUCUCUCUCUCUCCUGAAGGCUUCUGUUAUGUAGAAUUUGACGAAUUGGAAUCCCUCAAAGAAGCCUUGACGUACGACGGAGCUCUCUUGGGAGACCGGUCGCUCAGAGUGGACAUCGCAGAGGGCCGCCGGCAGGAGAAAGGCCCUGGGUUUGGCUUCCGGAAAGACGACAGAGGGCGGGGUGGGGCACGUGGCUCCCGAGGAGGGGGGCGGGACUCCAGAGACGACUACGACCAAAUGGGAGGAGGAUUCAGAGACGACGACUUCAUGGGUGGGCGGAGUCGAGGCGGCGGUCGCCCUGGCGACGGUCGCCCUGGCGACAGGAGAGGGGGCGGGGCCGGGGCCGGGGCCGGCGCCGGCGGGAUGGGCCGCUACAGAGACGGGCCUCCUCCUCGCGGGCCUGCCACGGACUUCAGAGAACCCUCUGACGAGGAGCGCGCUCAGAGGCCCAGGCUACAGCUGAAGCCGCGCACCGUGGCGGCGCCCCUCAACCAAGUCGCCAACCCAAACUCCGCCAUCUUCGGCGGGGCCAAGCCACGGGAGGAGGAGGACUAAACCUGGAGCCGGCUCCGUUCAAAAAUCACCCAAAGAGAGAGAGCAAGAAAGAGAGGGGGAGAGGGAGAGCUGACGAAGGGGGCGUGGCCCCACCUCCGCUGAACAUCACCGCCGUUCCCACAGCACAAAGCACUGCAAACCUCACCGGGAUGGUGGGACCUGAUUGGUUAUUCAUUAGAAUGGUGGUAACGGAUUGGUUGUUCACUGGGAUGGUGGUACCUGAUUGGUUGUAUAUUUGCCUUUGGGUACCUUUCCCUCUUUUUUUUUUUUUCCCCCAAAUGCUUCUUGUGUUCUGCAGUGAUGUGUGUUGUUUUUCUUUCUUCGUUUAGACACACGGCCGCUGUUCAGGGCUACCGUGUGUUUGGCUCUUAUCGUUUUCCCCUCAGUCACAGCUCUCUGUGUAAAGUAAGUAAAUAUUCUGUCUUAUCGAACCUUGAAAGAAAAUCUGAUGCUUAAAGCGAUUGCUAAUGUGUCAAUGUUAUGAAUCGGACACAACAUUUUCAAAGAUUUUUGACCAGAGUCGGUUCAGUCCAGGUAAGGGUAGCUUUCUGUGAUAACUGCCAGCAGUACCGAAAUCUGUGGCUAUUCCUUCGAUAUCCACUGCUAGAGGUAGAAAAGUUGUUAUUGCCAAAAAAGGUUUUAAAAAAAAAAAAAAAAAAAAGAUCACUCGAUUUGGAAAAAGUGCACCACAUGCAUUUAGUAAGUUUUUUUUUUUAUGAAGACAUAGGAAAACGUGACUUGUCUGGCUUUCCAGUCCUGGCCACACUAAACAUUAUGUACAGUAGUGUUACUACCAAUGCUUCAAAUUAUAACUGUAGGCAGUGCUUUGGAUUUGCUUCUCUCUGGGUCUGGAAUUCUGAAAAGCUCCUGUACAUUUAGACUGCUCAUCUAUCCCCCCCCCCAACUUUUGUUUUCUACAAAGUUUAUGGCAAUAAAGUUAAUCUCCUACA